AUGGCUGCGUCUUGCGGCGGCGGGGGCGGGGGGGCGGAGGGACCCCCUGAUGAUGCUGCUGCUCUGUCCCUUCCGCAGGCGCUGACCCCCGGACCACCCACCAUGUCGGCAGUUACGGAGGUUCAGAACACCACAACCGAGGCCCUGGCCGCCCUGCUAGACGGGGGUGAAGGCGCCCUGGUGACGCUGGUGGCGGGCGAGACGAGGGUGGCGGCUCACAGGGCCGUGUUGGCAGCCGCGAGCCCCGUGUUCGCAGCGAUGUUCGCGCACGGCAUGCUGGAGGCCAGCUGCGGCCAGGUGAGCAUCGACGACGUGGAGGGCCCGGUGCUGAGGCUCCUGGUGGCCUACACGUAUACCCUGCAGGCUCCCCAGCUGCCAGACACGGCCCCCCAGCUGCUGGCGGCGGCCGAGAAAUACGGCUUGUCGGCCCUGAAGGCUGCCUGCGAGCGGCAGCUGAUCUCGCAGUUGGCCGUCGAGACCGCAGCGGCGACGGCCGUCAGGGCAGUGAGGUGA